UGUACAUCCAACAGAGCGCCAUAAUUGAUAAUUCAGCUUGUUCUUAGCCGUACGUGCUCCAUCGAUCCAUGGUGAGAUCCCCGUUUGCUCUCGCUCCGAUGGAGGGGAGGACGCUGGAGGAGGAGCAGGAGCAACAUGAGGUGCUGCUGAUCCACAGCCAGGUGAGCCGGAUCAAGCGGGAGGACGAGGAGACCCGGAGGCACCUCCUGAUGAAGCUGCAGCUCCUGGAGACGAUGCCGGCCGCCGGCGGCGGCAUCCGAGGGCACGAGAGCUCGCCACCGGCCUCCCGCUCGCUGUCGCCACUCCGGCGCGCCGGGGACGCGGUGCCCGUCGGCGACUGGGCCUAGCUGCCUUGCCCUUGUGUUGUAAAUACUUGUAGGAGAGCGAGAUAUGUACGUGCUACAUGAUGCCUGUCCAUGUUCUCUGCGUGCAUGGAGCCAGAGCUUAGUUGAGUUGCUUACGUGUUGUGGUUCCGUCGAUUUCUCGUCAUGUGUUGUGUUGUAGUAGAUACAUAAGUUCUGCCAGUACCUGAUUAAUUACAGUUCUUCCAUGGUUC